AUGCCACUGACGAUGAACCACUUCCUCUCAGUUUGCCCCACCACACUCACCGUUGACCUCCUCGAGGAGCGCCUCCUAGCAGCAGAGAAGAGCAUCGUCGCUGUAGGAGCCUCUCGUGGUGACCCUCGUACCCCCGUCUUUGAGGGGUGUUCCACCUCCACCCUCUUGCCCUCUGUUGCUUCUGCUACUGCGGCCGACCUCGUUGGCUUCGAGUCGGUCGGCGCUGCGUCUGCCCCUAGCGGGAGACGUCGCACCGGCAAGGGCAAGGGGGGCAAGGGCGCUGGAGGGGCUGGCGGGGGCGGUGGAGGUGGCAAUGGAGAAGUGGAGGGGCUGCAGCAGCGCACUCGUGAGACCCCGUCCCCCCAGCAGCUUCGUGAGUGGUACGCUGGGCGUCAGCGAGGUGGGGGUACUAGUCCCUGUACCUACGUCCUCCGUACCGGCGACCGCGCUGGUGAGCAGUGCGGGGGCUCGCACUCCACCCAGCGCUGCUUCGGCCGCCUGACGGACGCUUGGCGUCACCAGUUCCCUGACGCCACUGAGAUCCCUCGCCGGGGAGAGCUGUCUAGGGCGGGGGUUGCUAUCUUUGAUCUUGACUAUGAUGCUAUUCUUGCUGCCAUGUAUGCUGUGUCUACUAGUGAUGAGGGUGACUGUUACCUGUGUGUUCCGCCUGACCCGGGCAUUGAGGCUGCUGCUCUAGGUGCUGGUGAGGCUGCUGCUCUAGGUGCUGGUGCGUCUGCUGCCCCAGGUGCUGGUGAGUCUGCUCUCUCAGGUACCACGUCGGCUCAGGCCUUACACACCUUCACCCUUGACUCGGGUGCUUCCCGCUCCUUCUUUCGAGACCGCACCACGCUUACGCCGCUUAGUCGGCUGGUUGCGGUCUCCCUGGCGGACCCCUCUGGGGGUCCUGUCCUUGCCCACUUCUCCACUGUCUUACCGUGUCCGGCAGCCCCUUCUGGCACCCUGUCAGGUCGUUACCUCCCCUCGUUCUCUACGAAUCAGCGGGUGACCCACUGUACGAAUGCUCGGACGGGCCGACACUUGGCCACGUUUACCCGUCAGCCGAAGUCGAGCCUGUACACACUGAAUACUGAGUCUCCUCCAGUUGCUGAGUCUGGUCCAGUAGCUGCGUCGGGUCAGGUGUUUGCUGCAGCGUCCAGGUCUGGUCCUGAGUUUGCCCCCUGCUCGUGUCGUCUCCUAUCCCACCGGACCCUCCUCUGGCACCACCGCCUUGGUCACCCCUCCCUGCCUCGUCCCCGAGGCAUGGCCUCCCGUUACCUUGUCUCUGGUCUCUCCCGGUCCCUCCCUCUCCUCCCUCAGGGACCUGCCCCUACCUGCGUUCCCUACGUCGAGAAGCGGCAGCGCAACGCUCCUCACUCCUCCGAGUUUCCUCCGGCUGAGGCUCCGAUGCGGACUCUUCACAUGGACGUGUGGGGCCCCGCCCGCGUCCGUGGCCAGGGUCACGAGCGUUACUUCCUGUUGGAGGUUGACGACUAUUCGCGUUACACCACGGUCUUCCCCUCGCGCAGCAAGGGUGACGUCACUAAGGUGUUGAUCGACUGGAUCCGCGUAGCUCGUCUCCAGCUUAGAGAGAGUUUCGGCUCGGACUUUCCUGUUCUGCGUCUGCACUCUGACAGAGGCGGAGAGUUUUACUCUGCCCGUCUGGGAGCCUUCUGUCGUGCACAGGGCAUCCGCCAGACCUUCACGCUUCCGGCCUCUCCACAGCAAAAUGGGAUUGCUGAGCGCCGCAUUGGCAUCGUCAUGGAUGUCGCUCGUACGUCCAUGAUCCAUUCGGCUGCUCCCCAUUUUCUGUGGCCGUUUGCGGUUCACUACGCAGCGCAUCAGCUCAACCUUCAGCCCCGGGUCUCCUUGCCAGAGACCUCCCCCACCUUGCGGUGGACGGGGAAGGUUGGCGAUGCGUCUGCGUUUCGGGUCUGGGGACCUUGGGCGUUUGUCCGCGACUUGUCUGCGGACAAGUUGUCCCCCCGUGCUGUUCCUAUGCGUCUUCCUUGGCUUCCCCCCUGA